AUGGCAGGACUGUCAGUCUUUGUAACAGUUGGCACCACACACUUUGACGCUCUGAUCCGGGCCGUGGUGGACGAGGGCACCCUUGCGGCGCUGCAGCACAAGGGCUACUCCAAGGUUACACUGCAGAUUGGACAUGGGAAAUUCACACCACCAGAGGGGGAGCACCAGGGGGUGGCCUUGUCCUGCUUCAGAUUGAAACCGUCUGUGGCAGAGGACUUUGCAGCAGCAGACCUUGUGGUGAGCCACGCUGGGGCAGGCUCCUGUCUUGAAGCUCUGCAGGCAGGCAAGCCCCUGGUGGCUGUGGUCAACAACACUCUCAUGAACAACCACCAAAUAGAACUGGCAGAGGAGCUUGCAAAUAGUGGCUACUGUUUCUUUUGCUAUCCAGAAACACUACAAGAGACCAUUGGCAAGCUGGACUUGUCGCAGCUGAAGCCGUAUGCUCCGGGUCAGCCCAGACUGUUGGCAGAGUAUCUGGACAAUGUUAUCAGAGUCGGAAGCUGA